AUGUUUGUCAAUGCUUUGAAUGGAUUUCUUAUGAUACUCACAUGCGAAGGUGAAGUAUUCUUCGCAACACACAGCAUAGAGAGCUAUUUGGGUUUUCAUCAGUCUGAUAUUGUACACCAGUCUGUCUACGAACUAGUCCAUUCGGAAGAUCGCGAGGAACUGCAACGUCAAUUGUUGUGGAAUUCCUUUUUACCCGCCGAUAUGUCGAGUAUGCAAUUAGCCGAAACGCUGGCACCCGAUAAAUCUCUUUAUUUGGAACGCAGCUUUACAGUACGUUUUCGCUGUUUACUCGACAAUACUUCUGGCUUUUUGCGUUUGGACAUACGAGGUCGCAUCAAAGUUCUACAUGGACAAAAUCGUAAAACAGAGGAACCACCAUUGGCGCUUUUUGCAUAUUGUACGCCAUUUGGACCACCUAGUCUACUUGAAAUACCGCACAAAGAGAAUAUGUUCAAAUCGAAACAUAAAUUAGAUUUUUCUUUAGUUUCUAUGGAUCAAAGAGGCAAGCAUAUAUUAGGAUACUCAGAUGCAGAAUUAGUAAAUUUAGGUGGUUACGAUUUAGUACACUAUGAUGAUUUGGCAUAUGUGGCAAGUGCACAUCAAGAACUUUUGAAAACUGGUGCUUCUGGCAUGAUAGCUUACAGGUACCAAAAGAAAAGUGGCGAGUGGCAAUGGCUGCAGACAAGCUCCCGCUUAGUAUAUAAAAACUCCAAACCCGACUUUGUCAUAUGUACACAUCGUCAGUUAAUGGAUGAAGAGGGUCAUGAUCUAUUGGGAAAACGUACUAUGGAUUUCAAAGUUAGUUAUUUAGAUACUGGUUUGGCGUCAACAUAUUUCUCUGAAGCUGAUCAAUUGGUUGUACCGCCAAGCGGUUCUCCGAAUGCACUACCGCCUCCAGUCACUCCCACAAGGCCAAAUCGUCGCUAUAAAACGCAAUUGCGUGACUUUCUUUCUACUUGUCGUACAAAACGCAAAAUGCAACAACAACCUCAACAGACAUCGCCUUUGGGUCAGGUUACAUCGCCUGCACCAGUUGUUGAAUAUCUUCCGGAUCCGGCAGUUGCAGUAGCAGCUGCUUAUUCAAACCUUAAUCCCAUGUAUACAACAUCACCAUAUGCCACCGCUGCUGAUAACAUCUACAUGGGCACUUCUGUGCAUUCCAGUAAUUUCUAUCCAGUAACAGAAAAUCUCUUCCAUCAAUAUCGUUUGCAAGGAGUCGGCGGUUACUAUACGGACUAUCAUCAUUCAGGUACUCCUACUACGGCGUACGUUACAAAUGGUUUUCUUUCUUAUGAUAGUUAUGCCAUUGCUUCAAAAGAAGAUAAGUGGCAAGAUACGGGGAAGUAUUACAGUGGAUAUAGUAGCGGAUAUGGUAGUCCAACUUCAACGCCACAGCAAAUUCCACUUAAAACGCCAAAGUCUUCACCGCAUGUUAUGGAAGUCGUUUCUUGUAGCUCAGAUGGUGCCUCACCCGUCGGUAGCUCAGCUUCUGUUACAGGCCACGUUAUUAAUGUCAACACAACUAAUAACAGUGCUACGCGUAAUAGUGGCAAUACCAUAACGCCAAAAGUUGAACUUACUCCACAAGACCCAUAUGAACGACAAACAGUGCUUAUGUGGGGCACACAAUCGAGCGGUGUACCGAUCAAUACCAUUAACAACAUAAGUACGAGCAGCCGACAUCACAUUAACACUUCCGAGCGUUCACCACAAAGCACACCACUAUCCAAUGGCGCUAGUCUCAACUACGCGAACAAUAAUAACGAAAAUGAGACAACUACAAAAUGGAAUGGAGGCGGAAGUGCAAAGGAAGGCAAAGUAACAGCUACCACACCAGAAAGUUUUCAAUUACAACAUGAUGAUUCUGGCCUAUACUCUGCAUCAUCGCAUACAACUUCACCACAGAAUCGUCUUAGCACCAGUGGCAGCAAUAACAGCAAUGCAACAAACAACAAUCUCGUGCCGCAUAAUUCGGUUGCUGAACAACAUUCUAAUACAACGUCUGCACACCAUAGUCACCCGCAUCAGCACAGCACCGAAUCGUUGUUACAUGCUACGCAAACUCCAGCCCAUAUGCAGCAUACUCUUCAUCAUCAUGCUACAUCGAACACAGUAGCACCACAACAUCAACACACAGCUACAGCAGCAACAACAACAGUUGCUACCACAAUGCCGCCACAUGCUCAAACACAACACCAUCAUCAUGCGCAUACGCAUUCGCAUUCGCAUCCGCAUUCGCAUCCGCAUCCGCAUUCACAUUCGCAUCAUCCGACACAUCCUGCGCAUUCACAUCCGCACUUACACCAUCACCAUCAUCAUCAUCCUCCACAUCCGCACGACGAGGUAUGGAGUCCUGCGACACAGUAUUCCUAUUCGCAGUAUUUUACUUAUCACCAUCACCAUCAUCACGCUUCAACUACUUCUUCUACUUCUUCACUACCGCACGCUAGUAGCACUCAGUGAGUGUCGCAACGACUUGCAAUGCAAAACAGUUAAAUAUCGAAGCUUAAGAAGAGUG